AUGAAUGUGACGGAGUUGAAUCUCUCGGAUCGCUGUGAGCAUUUCUCCUGUCCAGAGAGAUCUGUAUCUCCUGCAGUUUAUAUCUUACUGUACAUGUGUUCAGCUGCUGUGGUUCUUCUAACAGUGUGUGGAAAUCUGCUCGUCAUCAUCUCUGUUCUUCACUUCAAGCAGCUUCACACGCCGACCAACAUCCUUGUGCUCUCACUGGCCGUGUCGGAUUUCCUCGUCGGUGCUUUAGUGAUGCCGUCUGUGUUAAUCUGGUUGAUUGAGUCAUGCUGGAUUUUUGAAAAAGUUUUUUGCAUUGGAUUUUUUUUGAUUGGCAGUUUUCUUACAAUUGUAUCCAUUUAUAAUGUUGCUCUGAUCGCUGUGGAUCGUUAUUUAGCUUUGUCAAACCCCUUUUUUUACACUAACACCAUCUCUGUAAGAACAGUAUGGGCUGUGGUUUUUUCGAACUGCUGUGCAUGUCUGGUGUAUACUGUAGCAUUUUACUUUUUCAGUGUAGCCUCUUCUACUUCUGUUAUGUGUCCUGGAGAGUGUUAUGUGUUUCUGACUAGGUUUAUGGCUCUAAUUGACUUGAUCAUAACAUUCAUUGUUCCAUGUUCCUGCAUAAUCAUAUUGUAUAGUGGAGUUUUUCUGAUCGCUAAGAAACACGCCACUGCUAUCAGAGAGCUUAAUAAUCACACACGACCUCAAACACAGAAAAUCACCUCCCACUCCAUGAAAUCUGAGAGAAAAGCAGCCAAAGUCCUCGGCAUUUUAGUGUCCGUGUUUCUGGCAUGUUUACUUCCUUAUUUUGUUUACAGUUUAUUAGGUGACGUUAUUGAGCAACAAACAGAAGAAUUUAAAAAAGUAUUGUUUGUGCUUUAUCUUAAUUCCAGCAUUAAUCCGGUUAUUUACGCUCUGUUUUAUCCGUGGUUUAGGAGGUGCGUUAAAUUAAUUAUAACUCUGCAAAUAUUCCAAACAGACUCUGCAUUAAUUAAUGUGCUUUCAUGA